AUGGGGAUAUUCUCUUCACUCAUCGGAGGAAUACGCAAGGGAUCCCCUAUAAUGGGGAAAAAAAUGGAGCAGAAUCUAAGAUCCGGAGAACAUGAGGUACAAUUGGGGAUUGUGAUUAUUUUAUUUGGCAAUGGAUGGCGCGGCUUUUCUCCACAAAACCUCUGGGAGUUAAGGCGACAAGCGAGUACUUUUAUUGUACCCAAGAUUCAGGAGAUUAAUGUAUGGAUCAGAGAUGAUUUCAAUAAUAAGGGUUUAAUCGGUAAAGGAGGUGGAAGCAACAAGGGGAAGGCUACUCUAGCCCCGAGACUCAAGAUCACAGUCCCAAGGUUCAACAAUUCGGAGCUGAUGAGGAGUUAUUUACGGACCCUCGUUGGAAGGUGCAUGAACCCGAUGUUACAAGACAUAAACUCUCUUCUGUUUAUGCUCCUUCGGAUCUGGAAGGUCGAAGACAGAGUUUCAGGGGCGGAUCUUGGAAUGGGAAGAUUCCAGUUUGAUUUUGACGAGGAGAAUGACAUCAAAGCCGUGCUGGCGAUGGAACCAUAUCACUUUAAUGAGGAUAAACAAGAUGGAGGUGGCGUCAGCUAUAGAGGGGCGCUAAAUGGUACGGGGACUUCUAAGGUGUCAGAGCAAGAGACAAAGCACAGUAACGGGGUUUUCCUGAAAGGGAAAGGGAAGGUCUCCAAGAAUAGAGACGUGCAGCGGAUACAUGGAGAUAAGUUGGGAGAUGAGAGAAUAGGAGGAUCCAGAAUGUUAUCACGACCUGUGUUGCCAAGAGAGAGGAGAUAUCGUCAAGGUGGAUCAUUACGUGCUAUCUCCAGGGGUCCGAGAGCCUUGCAGGGCGGAGACCAAUGCCACUGCUGGUGUGGAAGUAACGAAGGAGCUCUGUUCUAA